UUAAAAAAAAAAUUGUAUUUACUCGGAAAUAACAAAUUUAACUUUUCUGUAAAAUAUGAAUUCAAGACGGCGCCGUUGAAAGAAAAUUGCAAACCCGCAGAAAGGGCGAAAGAAGAGGAAAUGGAGAAGAAGCAAGAAGAGGCAUGGAGGGUGCUGGAGUUGUACAGUGGCAUCGGUGGCAUGAGGUACUCUUUGAUGAGGGCGGGAGUGAACGCCGAAAUUGUUGAAGCCUUCGACAUUAACGACAAGGCAAACGAUGUUUAUCAGCACAACUUUGGCCACCGUCCAUAUCAGGGCAAUAUUCAGAGCCUGACUGCUGCUGAUCUCGACAGUUAUGGGGCGCAUGCAUGGCUUCUUUCUCCUCCUUGUCAACCGUACACUCGACAGGGUCUUCAAAAGCAGUCUGGUGAUGCUCGUGCAUUUUCGUUUCUCAACAUUCUUGAGUUAAUACCACACACUUCAAAACCUCCAAUUAUGUUAUUUGUAGAAAAUGUUGUCGGAUUCGAGACAUCUGAUACACAUUCAAGAAUGAUAGAGACAUUGGUGAAACUUGGUUUUGUCACACAGGAGUUUAUUUUGAGUCCGUUACAAUUUGGUGUGCCUUAUUCCCGGCCACGCUAUUUUUGCCUGGCAAAGAGGAAACCUUCAUUGUUCCACAACCAACUUUUGAACAAUAAGCUAGUUUGGUCUCCUUGUCCAUUAUUUGGGUCUGCUGAUCGUGAGUCAGUUUUAUUUGAACACGAUCAACCACAAGAAAGCUUCGAUAAGUUGCUCCAAUCUUGUGAGCCGAUAGAAAGGUUUCUUGAAUUCAAGAAUGCUGACUUGCAACCAGGGGACACCACCAGUGUUUCUACGUUUGCUGCUGGAGGUUUGGAGAAAGAUAAUGAAGGAAGCGAAUGUGAUAUAAACUCGUUAGAUCAGUAUUUUGUUCCUUUAAGCUUGAUAGAGAGGUGGGGAAGUGCCAUGGAUAUUGUCUAUCCUGAUUCAAAGCGGUGUUGUUGUUUUACAAAAAGUUAUUAUCGGUACAUAAAGGGUACUGGUUCCCUUUUAGCAACUGUUGUGCCAAAGAGAAAGGGUAAAGCAUCUCCAUUGAAGGAGCAAUGCCUCAGAUAUUUUACCCCUAGGGAGGUCGCUAAUUUGCAUUCCUUUCCAGAAGAUUUUCAGUUUCCACAGCAUAUAAGCCUUAGACAGCGUUACGCAUUGUUGGGGAACGGUCUAAGCAUAGCAGUGGUAGCUCCUUUACUGGAAUAUCUUUUUGCUGACUCAUGAUGAUCAUUCAAAUACACACACCAUUAUUACUACCCAAAUCUCCCCGGAAGAGGAAACAUAAUGUUGCCAUUUUUCAUUAGGAGGGUAAAGAAACCAAAGUGGAUAACUCAUCAUCGUUAUGAUUUUUGAAAUCUUAUGGUCAAUGCAUGAAAGCCUCUGUUUCCUACGCUGUCUCUUACCUAUAUUAAGUGUUUAACGGGUGAACUUCUUUAGCUAGUUCUAUAUAUUAGUGUUGUGACUCAAUAUAGUUAUUCUAUUCUGUGACAUCUCAUGUAUGAUUGAAUUUGGAGAUGCAAGCUUCGAAAAGAUACACGAGAGGGGAGUUUCUUUCAGAAUUACAUGUACAUUUACUACUCUAAUAUAGCUUUUUUCUACAAUGUAGUAGUCAGAUUUAGUAUAAGUUUGUGGAAACAUGUGAUAUGAUGUAGACUCGAUUUUCUUCUCUGUUUUUGUUUUGUUGUUAAUUUACAUUCGCACCUGUUAAAUAUAAAUUUUGGGUCUCUUUUUAGGGGUUGUUUGAUUUUAA